AUGGCGGCGGCGCGCCCGCGGGCAGAGGCGUCUCCUGGGCUUCUCAGGAUGGUCGGCUUCAACCCGUGCGCAGCGAAUCGCAUCUCCAGCAUGCUCACAGAGCUCCAGAACUACGACCCCACCAAGAGCACGGUCAUGAUCAGCCCGCUGGAGACCCCGAUGGAGCUGCUCCACGUGCCAGGCCUAUGGGUCCCCACCGAGCAGAUUGUCUGCGAGGCGCUGAGGAGCAUGGGCGGUGAUAUCAAGAUGAAUACGGCCCGCUGCCUCAGCGACCCGCGUCGUGGCCUCGCCUUCAUCGACGCCGUCAAGCUACAGCUCCAUGACCUGCGUUUCCUGGGGGCCGCGGCGAUCGGGGCGGCGCCGAAUGGCGGCCCGCGCAGCAGGUCUGGCAGCGCAGCGAGCUGCAGGGCCUCCUCAACAGCUGGGCGGGUUUUCGCCAGGGAGCGCAGGAACACCAUCAGCGCGCUGGGCGCGCUCCCGAGCGGGCUCCGCUGGCAGCUUGGGCAGGUCCCCGAGGCAGCGAGGUCGCUCAACCACGCCCAAUCGGCGCUGGAUCAGACGGCGAGCUACGCGACGAGCGCCGCGCACCAUCCCCCUCAGAUAGAGGAGGGGCUGGCGAGCGUAUUCCAGCAGCUCCACGGCCUCCAGCGGGCGCCGGGCAGUUUCGAAGGGCAUGGCGAGACGCUGGGCGCAGCCCGCGCCGUGGUGGGGGCCUUGCGGGCGGAGAAGUCUAAGGCCCAGGAGGGCAUGGAUCAAAUGGCCCACGUGCUCGUGCACAUCGGAAACAGCGUAGCUGCCCUGGUAGCAAGCGCGGACGCGGACCAGCUGCGGCCCUUCCCAGAGGAGGAGCACCAGGCGCCGCCGUUCACCGACAUCGUCGCGGUCGCCGAGCCCCUCGCCCAGCCGCGCCCGGUGCCGCCAGGUGCCGCGGACCGAGCGCAGCCGCCAGAUAGAGCCACCCGCGCGCUCGGAGUCUGCGCCGCCGACGCCAGAGGCUGGGAGUCGCAGCAGGACAUCUCCGGCCAGAUCCGCUUCCUCAACAGGCGGACGGGCAACACCCAGUGGCAUCAUCCAGCUGGGGCGGCGAAGGUGCAGGGUUUACGCGACCGGCUUGAUGGAGUCCGCGCGCAGCUUGCGGAACUCCAUGCCGGGUGCGCGGAGCUGGCGGAUGCGCUGCGCCGCCCGCCCAGGGCGCCCGCCACGCGGGCGCCGAGUGCAGCUCGCGCGCCCGCGGCCAGUCAGAGCCACCCCGAGUUCCCCGACCUGGCCAGGAACCCCUUGGCGCACGCCAGGCCCCAAACGCCGGCGCAGCUCCAGCAAGCGCUGGUCGGUUGGCUCAUGAGGUUCCACGGUGCCGCGCCCGCGGUCGUGGGGGCCGAGCCCCCCUAUACGCUCGCCCUAGGGGGCGCGCCCCAGCCAGACCUCGACAUCACCUUCGCCGCGCAACCCUGGACCGCGCUUCCCGCGCAACUCCUGAACGCGCCCCAGGGCAAGCUCAUCGCCGAGGGGGCCCGCUCCGCGCUUGAGCACAACGUCGAGGAGUCCCUCGCCUUCUUCAGCCCAUGCACGGAGCUCAUCUCAGCCUCGCCCCCGGCCCCCACGGCGGGCCAGAGACGCGUGGCCGCCAGCGGCCAGCCAGGCAGCUGCUGCCACCUGCUGUCCGCCACUGAACCUGACGGCAGGGCGCACGGAGAGAGACCAGACUCCGUGUCGUGGUAUUGGCUCAAGGGCAAAACUGCGUGCCUGCCGCUGCUGCUACCACGCGCAGGCGCCACGAGCAGCGCCGCAGCUACCAAAGCGACGGCGCCCGGAAACGCCGCGAACAGCUGCGCAGACGGCGCGAGCCGCGCCACAGCUUCCACCGCGACUGCGACCCGCAGCGCCACGAGCAAAUCCACAGGCGCCACGAGCUACACCGCGGCUGCCGCCACGAGGGCUAUCCGGCGCCACGAGACGCACCACAGCGAGCACCGCGACUGCAACCGGCAGCGCCACGACGCGUUCCUGGUGGACAACAGCGAGCUCAAGGCCACCGCGCCCGGCCUCUAUUACCGCAGGAAGCCCAGCCUCGAUGACACCGACAGAAAGGGCGUCAUGGUGAGGUGGGGCGACACCGUGAACGGCACAGUGACGGAGUGCGGGAGAUUCGUCAAGGUGGGCGGCCGAUAUCUGCCCCUUGAGCUCGGCGGCUGCCGGGUGCUGCGCAGCCCGUUGGGGGAUUCCGCCGCGGCCGUGUGCGCACCGGCCAUGCAGCAGACCACAGCGACAGCGAGCCAGAGCGUGCCAGUGAGCCGAGAGGACCGCCUGCGCUCCCACGCGCCCGGCGAUCAUGACCGUGUGUACACGCACUGGUCCCGGUAUGCCUCUGCCCGCGACCUGCUCUCGUUGGACCUUGCGGACCGCUCGCACGACCAGGGCAGCGGCCGACCUCCGCGGGUCCUGGAGGAGGCGGUGCGCCGCAGUGGACCCCUGGCGUCCCGCGACGCGCCGAAGCACACGCUGGGCGCCCCCGACGCCGCGCGCAGACCAGACUCGUUCCUCGGGACGCGGGACAGCAGCACGGUCCCGGCCGACAUCCUGGGGCUGGCCGCCGACAUCGCCGCGGCAGCCCCGAGAUUCGACGACAGUCAGUUCAGCUCCUCCGAGGUCGCUCCGUCGUACGACCAUCUGCCGGCCAUGACCGAGAGCGAGUACGACGACUCUUAUUUGUCGUUCUCGCAGUCGGGGGGAGGGCCCCAGGAACUGUCGCGGCCAAUGGCGGAAGAGGAGCGCUCGUACUCGCGGUCUUCGUUUGGGGAGCGGACGGUAAGCAACCAGCCGUCGAGAGAUCCGAGAGACAACAUGCACAACAUGCACUUCAGCGAGAGGUGCUCCGCGCAACAGGUCCUGGUCUCCGCCAUGCGCUGGGGCCGGGUGGUCAGCCACGAAUCCGUCAUGGCGAGGGCGGAGGAACAGAGCGAGGCCAAACUGCGCAGGCAGGCUCAGAGGCAGAUCCUCGAAGCGGUCAAGCAGAGUUCCCGCCUGCUGUUGGUGGCGGUGGUGAUCUACGGGAGCGGAAGGCUGUUCGAGCUCGUGCUGCGCUCCCUAAAUAGCUGCCCGUGGCUCUGGCGCGAUGGCAAGCAGCCGCAGGGGUCCUACACCGCGCUGGCGAGCCUAACGGCGGAGGGCCUUGUGGUGUUCGUUGGGUUCCUGGCUGCCCUCAUGGGGAUCCGGCGCCCGUGCCCCCGCAGGCACUACUUCGUGCUGCUCGUGGUGGGGCUUUACAUGGUGGCGUUACCUCUGUUUCCCACGGAGCCCUCGUGCGACGAUCGGUGGCGUUACCAACAGUGCACGAUGGGCAAGGACUUGUUGCGGCCCUACCAGCAGGGGUGCGGGCCGCAGGGCCUGACAGCCUCGGUGGCGAACCUUGCUCUCAUCUGCACGUCUCCACACAUCGUGCCCGAGCUGAGGCAUCUGCUAUUGUUCGUGGCCCUGGACAUGGCGGGGUACGUUGCGGCGUCUGUAAUCUACCUCUACGUGGCCGGGCUGGGGUAUUACACUUGGGUGGAUAUUAUGGUUGCCACCCUUUUGAUCGCUGUCGCCAUCGUGAUGGCUGCAUACACAAAGUACAGGAUGCGAGCGCGACAGAAGUAUAUGAACCUGCUCUACCAGCGAAAGGCGCAUGCCUCCAUGAAGCUCCUCGACCUGCUCCAGGAUUUCCUCCCGGACCACAUCAUUACACAGAUGCUGAAGAACCCGAACGCCAUCUCCGCAGAGCAGAUUCCAAAGGCGUCCGUUCUGUUCGUGGUGAUCUCGGACUUCCACGGUCACAUGAGCCGGCGGUCGCCGGAUCAGCUCCUGGACUUCUUGAACACCCUCUUCCGCAAGAUCGACCGGAUAUGUUUCGAUUGCCAGGUGACGAAGAUCGAGACGGUGGGCGAGGAGUUCGUCGCAGCCGUCGGCGUGGAGCCAGAGGACUACUCGAAUGGGAGCCACAACCACGGGGAUGUGCUAAGCCGCCUCAUCGUCGCCGCGGUGGGUAUAUUCAUGGCGCAGGAGGGCGAUGAGGGCGAGCCCCUGACAGGCGUCCAGUUCAGAAUGGGGCUGCACACUGGCCCGGUCGUAGCCGGCGUGAUCGGGCAGAAGUUGCCAAGGUUCCGCCUAUUCGGCGACACGAUGAACACCGCCGCCAGGAUGAUGCAGAAGGGGCUCGACGGCGAGCUCCAGUUCGGUGAGGAGACCCGGGCGUGCAUGCCCACAUGGGCGCGGUACCGUUCCAGGGGAAAGGUCGAGAUGAAGGGGAAGGGCCAGGUGGACGCGUACCUCCUGGACAGGUUGGGGGAGGAUUCUGGGGGGAAUGUUUGGGAGCAGAUCCGCUCCUACGGGCUCCGCAAGGCCAGGCGGGGUAGCCUGGAUAGCAUCAUGUCGCACCGCAGCUGGGACCCAGACGAUGAUGCUAGCGCAGAGCAGGAGCAGGAGGACCUGGGGACUGGCAGCAGAAGCGCAGGUAGCUCGAUCUUCAGGGACACUCGCCUGAAGAGACUCGAGCACAGGGUGGCAAACUAUUUCAGGGGCGGUUCGCUCUUCGGCGGCGAGGUCAGCAUCGAGUGGCUUCAGGAGUUUUAUUACUUCCGCAUUGCGAGCCACCUGGGGCGGCGUUCAGACAGGCUCGCCGCCGUGAUUCUAGUGCUUACCCUGGCAGAGGUGUUUGUGGCUGAGAUGAUGCAGCCUCGCAUGGGAGAUGUGCUCGGCAUGAGACGGACUUGGCUGUUCCUGGUCAUGCGCGCCACUUUGCUUGCGCUAAUCUUUCGGUGGCGCAUCGUUGCACAGAACAAGGAUUGGAUUUUGCAUUCGCCGGCGGAGGCGGAGCUGUGGCGGUUGGCGCACGCCUGCGCUUCGUUGGUCCUUCAGUUUAUAGCGUACGGCCUGCUUUCUGAAAUCGAGGAGUUCAACCUGGACUUGAGCGUCUCACAGGCCAGGGAUGAGAUUCGGAGAGAGCCCCUCAGGGUACCCCUGUGGCAGAUGAUGUUCCUCUUAUGGUACGGGGUGACCGUGAUGGGAUUGCAGCUACGGGUGGGGCCGACUGUUUGUUUCGUGGCCUUCUCUUUGCCAACGCCGUACAUAAUUUCGUCUGCAGUUCCGGCUCUUCGCAACGUUGGAAGCUCGGUCCAGCUUGUCAGCAUGUUCAUCAUGGGCGUGGUGAGCGUGCAGAUAGCCGGGAUAGACGAGACCCAGGACAGGGAGCGGUACAUGGCGGAGAAGCAGGUGAAGUUUGCGCAGCACCGCAUGGACUCGAUCCUGAGCCAGCUGCUGCCCCCCCUGGUUGCAAGCGAGAUGAGCAGACGACCCAACAGCGUGAAGAUCCUGCAUCACAGGCAGGAGUACUCCCACUUUUACCAGCAGGCCACCAUCGCGUGCUCGGACCUCGUGGGCUUCACGGCUCUGGCAAGCACGCGCACGGCCACGGAGGUCGUGGAGCUGGUCAGCGACCUUUUUGGCAGAUUCGACGGGCUCAGCGACGUCUACCGGAUCUGCAAGAUCGAAACCGUCGGCGACGCUUACAUCGCCGGCCAGGCGGCCCGGCCGCUCACGUCGGUCUACAGGCCCGUCAGCGUGGUCCUCUUCGCGUCCGAGAUCGUGGAGGCAGUGAGGGGCUGGUCUCGCGACAUGGGCGUCCCUCUCGACUGCCGGGUUGGCGUUCACACCGGCGAGUGCGUCGGUGGUGUCGUCGGCGCGGAGAUGAAGCGGUACCACCUAUUCGGCCACAUGCUGUCAGCCCUAGAGCUGCUCGAGUCCACCGCCCCGACGGGGCAGGUGCACCUGAGCGGCGCGUGCCUGCGGGCCCUGCAGGCGCAGGCCACCGCAGAGGGGUUCGGCGACGAGGUCGUGGUGUGCACCCCCAGGACGGAGCUCGUCCUGAAGACGUCGAAGGGGGACCUGGUGCUGUACCAGGACAUCGGGGGCGCGCCAACGUUUGUGGUGCAGCGCUGCGCCCCCGAGCUCUACGAUCUCGAGGUGGGGGUCAUGGCCGAGUCGGAAGACAAGCCGACCGUGUCGGCGUCGAUGGUGCUGACGCCGGCCAGCGCGCAGUCGAGGGCCCGCACCCCGCUGGGUGCGUCCCGCCACCUGCACCCCGUCCCCAUCG